ACAUCAAGAUGGCGGCGCCCAUGAAGUUCGUCUGCCUCGACCAGUUUCCACCCGAUUUGCACCCCUUGCAAGCAGUCGUCCAUAAGUUACAAUUAACUCGGAUGUUUUCUAACUGCACUGAAACCUCAUGCGCGUUGUUAUUGUCAUUUCAGGAAACUCAGCCGUUCACAAAGUCGGCAGUUUUAGUUUGCGCCCACAUCAGAGCUGAGGAGCUGCCUGACUGCACGGUCCAUAGUAACAGCAGCACUCUGGCAAUUUUUGUGUCUAAAACAUUUCUAAGUCACCACAAUUUACAGGAAGAAAAGUCAGGAAUCGCGCGUAUCCUACAGCUUCUGCCCUUGAGCAAGAUAGUUAUUGGUGCUCGCACGAAGCAGAGCUUCAGAUGGGCAUCUUCAGAAGAAUUCUCCAGUUUUCUGCUAGUUUUGGCAUCAUGUCCUGGACAAACUCUUUUGGUGAGGAGAGGUGACACUCUGAUUUUACCACACCAUCCUCUGCUUGGUGAUAAAGCGACUCUGGUGCGUCAGUAUCUCUCUGAUUUGGUCGUGUUGGACUGCACACCUCUUACACAGGGUAUGAUCACUGUAAACACUACUGUUGUAGUAUCUGAUUGCAGGGACAUUUUGCAUGGCCAUGCUGCUUUGGACUCCGCUGACAGCAGCGUGACCACCAGACCAUCCAGCGUGUCCUUGUUUGUCUCUGAUUUCGCCCAUUAUGCAAACAAUCUUGGCCCAGGGAGCUCCUUACUGAGCAACCGACUUUUGUUCAGCUCUGGAUUUACUGAGGUUCUUCAAGCCCUUGAGUGCAGGCUGGAUGUACAGGUCACCUGUGACCAUGCCAAGCUUUGCAGAUUGGCAAAACUUGGAAUUAAAAUAGGGAAGAAUGCAGAGGUGGACAUGGACAGCUCCAUUUUUGUGAGCAAAAACCUGUUGUUGAAGCUAGGGCUGUUUAACGGUGAGUGGGUUAUGGCUGCCUUGGGAAAAGUAAAAAGAUUUUCAGGAGCUGAAGGGGAACAAAGUCCUCCAAACAACGAAAGUGACACAAAGCCUGUGGCUAGGGCAAAAGGAGAUGGUCAGCUGGCGAAAAUUGUGGCUUUCAUUAAGUCCUCGGACACAGAUGUUAGUGAUAACGCAGGUUUCAUUUCACCUGUAUUGUGGUUUAACUUGUCCAAUGGAGAAGCAGCACCUGUUGGAAAUAAAAGUCUCAAAAUAAAGAGAUGGAACAAGGCACCGAUACCAACAGGACACAAACUGUCUGCAAGUCUAUGUUGUUCUGCUGCGCCUCCAUAUGCCAAAGAACUACACAUUGAAGCAGUUAUAUCUCCAGAUUAUGAUUCUCACAGACCCUUUGAUAAUGUUCUCUUUAAGCAUUUUAGCACACCUAGACUUGUCAAACAGGGAAGUAUACUGGGCAUUCCGACACAUGGUCAUCCUGAUUUUGUGGAAAGCAGCUCUGAUGGAAUCACAAGAUGGCCAAUCUUGUAUUUUAAAGUGAAGCAGGUGUCUGGCUUUUCUGAGGAUGAGGCAGAUGUUGGAUCGUAUCUUGCUGAUACAGAACACACCUCUCUGUAUAUGAGAGGUUUCAUCAAUAGUCUGGCACCGUGCUCCAUUUCAGAGGUGGGUUCACCGUUCUGGACGAGUCUUUUGCCUCCAGGACUCUCAGGCAUUGUAGAGAAAUUGGUCUCCAUUAUCCAGCCACACAUCACUGAAAGUUUGAGACGAGCCUGCUCUGUUCUUCUCAUGGGCCCAGAUGGUUGUGGGAAGGUCACAGCAGUCAAGGCAGCUUGUCGGAGGCUUCAUCUACAUCCGUUGAAGGUGGACUGUGUGACCCUGUGUGGAGACACCGCAGCUGCCUGCGAGUCCAAAAUGAAGGCGGCUUUCCACAGAGCCGAGCUCCAUCAUCCCUGUGUGCUUCUUCUGAGGAACCUGCAGUUACUCGGCCAACGGCGAGACAGCACCGAACCCGACUCCAGAGUAGCCGCGGCACUCUACCAGCUCAUAACUGAUGCCCACUCAAGUGUAAUCGUGGUUGGCUGUGUGCAUGGCCAGCGGGAUUUGUCCUCAGAUGUGAUGCCAGCCUUUGUGCACCAGGUGGUGAUAGAGAGUCCUUCAGAGGAGCAGAGGAAAGCCAUGCUAGCCAGCCUUAGUCAAGAGCUCCCUCUAGGGAAAGAUGUCAAUCUGGCCAAGAUUGCUAAACAGACAGCGGGUUUCAUUUUGGGAGAUUUCUGCACACUUCUCACUGGUGCUGGAAAAGCAGCUCAUCAGCGCCUGCUGAAGACUUAUUAUCCACAUGGGGCCAGUGCUCAGGAAGAGGAGGACCUGUGUGUGUUUGGUGUGACCAUUAUGGGAGCUGACUUCACCACAGCACUGGAGGCUCUGCAGGAGGCCCAUUCCCAGGCAAUCGGCGCACCAAAGAUCCCGUCAGUGAAGUGGCAGGAUGUGGGUGGUCUGCAGCAGGUCAAAAAAGAGAUCCUGGACACCAUCCAGCUCCCUCUGGAGCAUCCAGAGCUGCUCUCACUGGGCCUGAGACGCUCUGGCCUGCUGCUUUAUGGGCCUCCAGGCACCGGCAAGACUCUGCUGGCCAAAGCUGUGGCCACUGAGUGCUCCAUGACCUUCCUCAGUGUCAAAGGUCCAGAGCUCAUUAACAUGUAUGUUGGUCAGAGCGAAGAAAACAUCAGAGAGGUGUUUUGCAAAGCUAGGACUGCAGCACCUUGCAUCAUCUUCUUUGAUGAGUUGGACUCUUUGGCUCCUAACCGAGGCCGUAGCGGAGACUCAGGAGGGGUGAUGGACAGGGUCGUGUCACAGCUCUUAGCUGAGCUUGAUGGCCUGCAUUCAUCUACGGACGUCUUCGUGAUCGGAGCAACCAACCGGCCAGACUUACUGGACCAGUCGCUGCUCAGACCCGGCAGAUUUGAUAAAUUAGUGUAUGUUGGCAUUAACGAAGACAAGGAAUCACAGCUGCAAGUGCUCAAGGCUAUAUUACGAAAGUUUAAGGUGGACCCGAGUGUCAGCCUGUCAGAAAUAGUGGAGCGCUGUCCACUUCAGCUCACGGGAGCCGAUCUAUACGCUCUCUGCUCUGACGCCAUGAUGUCUGCUAUUAAGAGGAAGAUUUUGCACAUCACUGAAGGUCUGGAAUCUGAGGACGCUCCGCUCUCUCUGUGUGCCGAGGACUUCAGCCAAGCUCUGGACAUCCUGCAGCCAUCUGUGACGGAGGAGGAGCUGCACAAGUACAAACUCAUCCAGCAGAAACUCACCGCAAAGUAACUCAAGCACCAGCACAACCACCACUGCAGACCUGAACGGAAAAACUCCUGCAUAUCACAUCACUCUUCCAGCUGCAAGCUACCUCCGUCUCUGUGCUGUUCCAGAUUCCCUACAGCCUGCUGGUUCUGAGCAGAUCUAAGUCCGCUGUAUCCUGUAACGCAAUCUCUUUCUUUAAACUUUCAGCUAAUUUGAAAAAUGACAUUUCACCACACUACGCUUUUGAAAUCGAUUUACGAAACAUUCCACGGCUUAGUUUCCACUUAAGGAUUGCCUUCUGGGAAUUGAUUCUGCACAACCAUUAUAGGCUAGCAAAAGUGAAUGAGCGUGUUACUGUUUUGCAUCUGAUUACCCCAAAAGUGAAAAACUAGAUUUAAAUAUUUUAUUCUAACCCGUAGCACAGGACAUUAUGACACUGAUUACAAACUGAACUGGUUAUUUCUGUAUCAAAGUGAAAUGCACACGAACCUCAACAACGAGAAAUGUAAAAUUCACUGCACUAAAACAAAAAUAAAAUAAUACACACUGAAAUGACUUAAUUCAAAUGCAUACAUCAGUUCUAUACAAUUGAAUUGAGUAAAAAAAAAAAAAAUAUUGAUUUGAGCGUCUAUUUUUAAAGAGCUCUCUGAGCUCUCAAAUGAGCUGAGAAUCAAACCCACAACACUGGUGUUUUGCACCAGACGCAUUAACAGUGCGCUGUUCUACCAUGCGUCUUUUAAUCGCCUAAAUUUAAUACUAUAGAUAUAAUUCCAAUCGGCUCCAACAUGCUGGCGAGUUUUCACAAUGUAACUGAUUUCUGUUAAUACUGCGUGAUCACGCUCAAUCUACAUCAUUCAAAUCUGGUAAUGAGAAAUUUAUUUAAUAUAAGCAACUAAAUCUUGUAUACAUUGAGAAACUUAAUAUUUUUAUGUAAACUAUACGUAAUGUUUUUUCUUCAAUUUCAUUGAUUAUGCAUUCCCUUUUUUCGGCGUGUAGGGAAAUCAUACUCCACUAGUGAAAUUUUAGACAGCUUUAGGCAUCCGGAUUGAGUUUGUUAAACCGGCUCCUCAUUCGACAUGAUCUUUGCAGGCGGAUAGCCUAGGCAAGAUAAGGAAGUUAAUAAAACAUUUCUGCAUCAUGUCAGGGAAAUACAUUUACAGUUUCUUAAAACAGGUGUCGAAAUAUAUCAUAGCUGGAAAAAAAAGUUUGACCAAAAUCUGAUUUGUCAUCUGUAGCAGCAUCUGAAAUGACAUGGGAACAUUCUGCUGUGGCCAAAAAAAAUGACAGCAACCUCAUUUGUGACAUAAAACAUGAAAUGACAGCUACAGAAAUCUAAUUACAUUAAAACAUGUCACAUCAUUAAUUUUGACAGACAUCUGAAAUAACCUUUCUAGGAUUUAUUUAUAAAAACAUGAUUUAUGCAUUACUUAUGAAUGUGUUACUUAUGAAGGCCCAAUUUACAGUACAGUACCAAGGGAUACCAAGUUUUCUGACAACAAGCUAGUGCUUUAAUUUUCACUGAAAUGACAAAACUGUUCAGCUUUAAAAUGCAUCCUGAUGAAUUAGUAAGCUCCAAAAGCAUAGCAUAGUAAGUUAAUCGUAACUAUUAUGUUUAAUGUGAUGCUCAGCCUGUCAUUUGCAACGCUUUUGGGGGAAAAAGUCACACAGUCUGCUCACUUUUCUACUUCAUGUACCUUGCAGGUUAAUUUACGCUCUCAGUUGAUGGUGUGCAAGCAGAAUGCAGGUUCUGAGGACUAACAGUCCAUUAACAUGCCUCAUCAUUAUGUCCGUCAUCAAACUGUGAACAAACGGAGCUUCUGACUCACACAUGCUUUUACAGGCAGGCUUAAAUAGAUUUCCCGUUUACACUUUAUAUUAAGUGGUAAUGUAAUUUAUCAGAUAAUUUGUUUAAUUUGCUGUGCAAAUGAUUUAGUCAGGGUAUGCUGAGUAAUAGUCUUGGAUUUAUGCAUUUUUAAAAAAAAUAAAAAUAAAUAAAUAUAAAAGCAUUGUGCAAUAAACAGUUACAUCGGUGUUAAAUUUGUUUGG